CAAAAAGUAUGGGGCCAACUAUUAACUUUUCCAAUCUCCAUCUCCCAAUACCAUGUAAGUAAAAAAGGAUAUAAAAGGAUCCCAGAGAGAAGAGAAGAACCUAAAUAGCUCAAACCUUAGGAAAAGGAAAAAGGGGUUCCUAAUUACUGUGCAGAGCUUGUAGCAAUGGCAUUCAUAGAGAAAGCUGUGGUUUUCUUGAUGAUGACAGCUUUCCAAGUUUCAAAUUCAGCUGUUCACAAGGUUGGGGACUCUGCUGGUUGGACCAUCAUUGGUAACAUAGAUUACAAGAAGUGGGCUGCUACUAAGAACUUCCAAGUUGGUGACACUAUCAUUUUUGAAUACAAUGCAAAGUUCCACAACGUGAUGCGAGUGACGCAUGGUAUGUACAAGUCAUGCAAUGCAUCAUCCCCGUUGACGAGGAUGAGCACAGGCAAUGACACCAUAAAGAUAACAAACUAUGGUCACCACUUGUUCUUGUGUGGCGUCCCUGGUCACUGCCAAGCAGGACAGAAGGUAGAUAUUAACGUGGUGAAGAAGGUAUCUGCAGAAGCACCAACACCAUCACCAAUAUCAGCAAUGGCCUCUCCAGUUCCACCUGCACCUUCUCCUAACAAUGGAGCCCCAUUCAUUGUUGUAAAGGGAGCUUUAAUAAUGCCACUGCUUGCACUUGCUCUUUCUAGCUAUGCAUCAUUGGGAAUAUCUCUACUUGUUAAUUAGUUUUUUUAGAGUUUGGCGUUUAUGCGGCCAUUUCCAAUUUUUAUUUUGAUGCUGGGACAUGUCAACAUAUUGAUCUUCGCCUAGAUGAUUGUAAACGUUUUUGAAUGCCAAGAUUUUCUUCUAUUUUUUUUUCACAAGAGGAUUUUUUGAUUGGACGAAUUUAGAGACUAACUUGAAUAAACAGAAUUCCGAUUU